UUGUAUAUACUCGCGCUGACUAAAGUCUCUCCGCCUUAAUAUUUUCAAAUUUGGCCUCUUCGCUUUCUCCUUCUCUCUUCUUCCUUUACGGACCCCAAAUCUAACUCUCUUUCUGUCUCUGUGUUGGAGAUUCAAUGGAGUUGAUUUCCUUCGUUGGUAGAGCUCUGUUCGUUUCCGUCUUUCUUCUCUCCGCAUGGCAAGAGUUCAAUGAUUUUGGCGAGAAUGGAGGCCGAGCAGCUAAAUCUUUAAGACCAAAGUUCAAUGCUUUUGUUAGUCACGUAACAACUCAUACUGGCCAGCGACUGCCACCAGUCGAUAUGAAGCUACUUGUUGCUGCUGCUAUAGCCUUAAAGGGUAUUGGUGGACUUUUGUUCAUUUCUGGCAGCUCCUUGGGAGCCUAUCUCCUGCUUCUUCAUCAAGCCGUUGCCACCCCAAUUCUUUACGAUUUCUACAACUACGAUGUUGAGAGAAAGGAAUUUAGCCAACUGUUUACCAAAUUUACUCAGAGCGUGGCACUUGUUGGGGCACUGCUCUUCUUUAUUGGAAUGAAGAACUCGAGGAGACAUGGUAGACAACACCGGAAGAAGGCUCCAAAAGCUAAAGCAAACUGAAGAAAGAUGAUUCGUUUUCAUCGCUUUUUUUUUCAUCUUUUGUAGCACAAUCGGGUCUGUAUUUUGAGAUUUCUGUUUUGGAAUCCAGACAUGGGUUUAAAAAGAUGUAUGCGAUGAGGCAAAAUCUUUGCAAAUCAUUUUUUGCUUUAUUCUAUUGUCACUUUUUCUCUCA